GGCAGGUCGACCGAUUUUCAGAGAAUACAGGAAUUUCUAAACCCGGGGUAAAACUCCCAGCUGGAGACAAAGAAAAUAAUGAGCUAUUAGGAAUGGAAGAUUUACAGAUGGGACAGUCAUACCUUACAUCAUGUCCAGAUCUGCAAAAUUUGCUUGAUUCACCAGGAACUGAAUCUCAUCAGUCUUUGAAUAUGGUAGGGAAACACCAAAUUCAGAAAAGGGAGAAACCAUUUGUAUGUUCAAUGUGUGAUCGAACCUUCAGCCGCUCGUUUAAUCUGGAGAGACACAAGCGAAACCACACUGGGGAGCAGCCCUAUAAAUGUGAAGACUGUGGGAAGGGAUUUAGUUAUCCUUCUGAGCUGGAAACUCAUCGACGUAGCCACACUGGGGAGAAACCAUUUGUCUGCUGUGUGUGUGGCAAGCGAUUUAGUCAGUUGUCCAGUUUACAGACGCAUCAGGGAGUACAUGCGGCUGAGAAGCCAUUCAUUUGUUCAGUGUGUGGGAAAGGGUUUAUUCGGCCAGCUUACCUUGAAAUCCAUAGACGCACUCACACUGGAGAGAGGCCUUUCACCUGUUCUGUGUGUGGGAAGGGUUUCACUCAGUCUUCCCACCUGAUGACACACCAACGUGUUCACACUGGAGAGAAGCCAUUCUCCUGCUCUGUCUGCAUGAAACGAUUUACUCAGUUAUCAAGUCUGCUGGCACACCAAAGGGUUCACACAGGAGAGAGGCCAUUUACAUGCUCAGAGUGUGGAAAGGGAUUCAAAACUCUUCCUAGGCUUGAAACUCAUCAACGGAGUCACACUAUGGAGAAACCAGUUAUCUGCUCAGUGUGUGGGAAGGGAUUUAAUUGCCCAGCUCAUCUUGAAAUUCAUCAACGGAGUCACACUGGGGAGAGGCCUUUCAGCUGUUCUGUAUGUGAAAAGAGAUUCAUUUGUUCAUCCCAUUUGAUGAAGCAUCAACGCAUUCAUACCGGGGAGAGACCGUUCAGCUGCUCAGUGUGUGAAAAGAGAUUCAACUGUGCAUCCUAUCUAGAAAUUCAUCGACGCAGUCACACUGGGGAGAAACCUUUCACCUGUUCUAUUUGUGGCAAAGGAUUCACUUGCUCCUCCAAUUUGCUGACACACCAACGAGUUCACACUGGAGAGGGUCCUUUUACCUGCCCCUUGUGUGGGAAGGGUUUCAAGACCCUACCCAAGUUGGAAACUCAUCGACAUGUUCACACUGGGCAGAGACCGUUCACCUGCUCUGUCUGUGAAAAGCAAUUCAAUUAUCCAUCCCAGUUGGAAACACAUCGACGCAGUCACACCGGAGAGAGGCCAUUCACUUGCUCUGUGUGUGCAAAGGGAUUCACUCGAUCAUACCAUCUGCUCAUACACCAGCGAGUUCACUCUGGAGAAAGGCCAUUUAAGUGUUCUGUAUGUGGGAAAGGAUUCACUUGUUCACCUGACCUGCUGCGACACCAGCGAGCUCAUGUCUUAUGAUACUGUGUGGUUUUAGGUGCUAUUUCUUUGAAUAACAAGUAGGACUGGACCAUGUUCACUCUGGCAGUGAGGAUUUAUUUCUGCUGCUGUGAGUAACCCAUAGAAUUGGA